AUGCCGAGGAAGACCAAAGGAGGGUCGUCGGCUGACGAAAAGGCUGACCUCACCACCAUACAAAACCCAACUCAAGAUUCCAUAGCCUCAGUACUAAAAGAACGUUUCCAACAAGUUAUCAUAUACACUCGCAUCAACUCUUCUGCCCUUGUGGCCGUAAAUCCAUACAAAGACCUACCCAUCUUCUCUGACGCUACUGUGCAAGAGUAUGUUGCUGACUAUAAAGACACUUCUGGACAACGAUCUCAACUACCUCCUCACGCCUUCCAGAUUGCGUCACAGGCCUAUUUGCAUAUGCGAAGAACUGGACAAGACCACGGUGAAACCGGAAGUGGUAAAUCGGAAACACGAAAACUAGCUGUCAAAUUAUUAGCGGGUAUAAGUUCACAUCAAAAGAAGGAAUCACGCGUACUAUCCCAAAUACCCAAUUCCGAAUUUAUUCUCGAAUCAUUUGGCAAUGCAAAAACACUAAAAAACGCAAAUGCGUCUCGAUUUGGAAAAUACACUGAACUACAAUUCAACGAGAGAGGGCGUUUAAUUGGAGCAAAAACAUUAGACUAUUUGCUGGAAAAGAACAGAGUUACAAAAGUUGCGGCGAACGAGAAAAACUUCCAUGUAUUUUAUUACUUAAUAGCAGGAGCAUCAAAUGAUGAAAAGACUCAUUUGCGACUAGCCGAUCCCUCGCAGUAUCGUUACCUCAACGUCAGCAAGAUGAGAGGAACAAAUGCCAAUGAUGCCGGAAAAUUCGGCGAGUUGAAGCAAGCAUUAAAAGCGUUAGGAUUUCACAGAAAACAUGUCGCACAGACUUUUCAAUUAUUAGCCGCAAUUCUACAUCUCGGUAAUAUACAAUUCGUAGACGAUCCUACUAAACAACAGGAUGCUGCAAGUGUAAAGAAUUUCGAUCUUUUAGACCUGGUGGCUGAUUUCUUGGGCGUUCAAAGCCGGUCGUUGGAAACCGUUCUGACUUACAAAACAAAACUCAUAAAAAAAGAAAUGUGCACAAUCUUCCUUGAUGCCGAAUCUGCUGCUGCCCAAAGGGACGACCUGGCAAAAGUAUUGUAUUCGCUUUUAUUUAGCUGGAUAGUCGAAUAUAUUAACACUAAACUAUGUCAUGACGACUUUGCCAGUUUUAUUGGCAUACUAGACCUUCUUGGCUUCCAAAACCAGACUACAAACUCGCUGGAUCAAUUUUGCGUAAACUUUGCAAAUGAGAAAAUGCAUAAUUUUGUUCUGCACCAAAUAUUCGAAGCCAACACCGAAGAAUAUCAAUCGGAAGGCAUUAACAUUCCAAACGUACCCUUUUUCGAUAAUUCCGAAUGUUUGCGCAUGCUAGUCAAACCAUCAACCGGAAUAAUUGCAAUAAUGGAUGACCAAGCGAAUAAAUCAACCCGCAAGACUGACCACACAAUGCUCGAUGCCUUCAACAAAAAGUAUUCAGACCACAGCUCGUAUACACCAUCAGGCAAAUCGCUAAACGCCCUUCCAACGUUCAGCAUUCGACACUUUUGCGGACAGGUACAAUACGACGCAACUGGUUUCCUGGAAAAGAACAUCGAUAACGUGAGCGGUGAUUUUGUAGCCUUGUUCCGUGGUGGAGGCGAUACGGUGUCAUCGUACAACACGUUCAUCCAAGAUUUGUUCACCGACGAAGCCGUUACCACAGAGUCUCAUCCUCGUAGCGAUAAUACUAUCGUUGCAGCUCAUCAGUCGGUUAAACCGAUGCGUGCUCCGUCCAUGCGUCGUAAGAAGGAUCAAAAAACUGCUCCCGAGGAGGAUUCAUCGUCGCAACCCAAAGCUACAUGUGUUGCCACUCAAGUUCGUUCGGCCCUUGAUGAAUUGUGUGAAACGCUAGAAGCGACUACCCCUUGGUUCGUGUUUUGUAUACGCUCGAAUGAUUCUCAGUUGCCUAAUCACUUUGAUCAGAAGGUUGUUAAAGCCCAAGUAAAGUCAUUCGGGAUACCAGAAAUAGUCAGCAAGUUAGCUACAGAAUAUACUAUCACAUAUACACACGGAGAAUAUUUGAAGAGGUAUUCUGGUAUCCUGGAUUCAAUGAAUAUUGAACAAUCGAGAGAUGUCAAAGCAAAGAUUGAAGCGGCCGCGACUAUUUUCGGAUGGAGCGCUUCUGAGCUGGCUGUUGGCAAGACAAAGGUCUUCUUGAGCGAAAAGGCCUGGCGUGAUUUAGAAGAUAAUCUCCGCAGCAUGGACAGCGAAGAGAAACGCCGCAAAAAAGAGGCCAAAGCAGCCCCCCCGCCCGUAGAUUACAACCGUGCCGACGAUGCGAUUUCUCAACGCUCCUUCCCUUCCAGUCAAGCUCUCUAUGCCAAUAGACCUCGUGGAUAUGAUAACCAAUCAUACAUUUCUGGCGACGAUGUUCGGUCGUACAUGUCUGAAGAUGAUUAUUACCCAGAAGACUAUUCUGCAUACGACGAUACUACCUCAGAGGUUUACGCGCCAUCGCAUAAUAUGUUUAGAGAACUAGAAACAAAGAAAAUGCUAGACGAUGAAAAGGAUAUCGAAGAGGAGAUUGAAGAGCCAAAGACGACAGCUGCAAGGAGAAAGUGGGUGGUUAUCACAUGGUUGCUCACCUGGUGGGUGCCCCCCUGUUUCCUUAAUUGGUGUGGCGGAAUGAAACGAAAGGACAUUCAGAUGGCGUGGAGAGAGAAGGUUGCGUUAUGUUUUUUCAUAUUUCUCUUCUCUGCCAUUGUCAUUUUUAUGAUUGCUGUAUUGGGUAGACUCAUCUGUCCGACAGAGUUUGUAUUCAAUGAUUCAGAGUUGUCUGGAGAUAACGCACUUGCCGAGAUACGUGGUGAAGUAUUUAAAUUGAACGAGUUUGCCCCGAGGCAUUACCCGACAGGUUUGGUAGAUGUGAAAGCGAUAAUGGCAUAUGGAGGAAAGGAUGCUACCAAUUUAUUCCCGGUUCAAGUUAGCGCUCUAUGUGGAGGGUAUACUGCCGACGGUGUGAGCGAGGCUGUGACUUUCGACGCUUCAAAUUCUACCGCACUUGACCAAAAUUCAGUCUAUCAUGAUUUCCGGUAUUCGACUACUGAUUACCGAAAAGAUUGGUAUUACGAAAAGAUGAUUGAAUUGAGAGCUAAUUAUUUGGCUGGACAAAGGGCAUACUCGAGCAAGCUAGUCAAGUCACUAUCUUUCAAGAAACAAAUAGCAAUUCUGAACGACAAAGUCUUUGACCUUACAUCGUACGCACAGGGAGGUCGUCGCCUAGUGGGACCCAACAAUCAGGACCUAACGGGCUCUAGCACAGACUUUAUUCAUCCAUUGAUUGUAUCACUGUUUCAGACAGAUGCCGGUACCGAUAUUACAAAGAAAUUCAAUAACCUUGGCCUCGACCCCGACGUACAAACAAGACAGGAGAUAUGUUUGCGUAACUUAUUCUACAAGGGUGUAGUCGAUCAUCGUUCCUCACCUCAAUGUUUAUUCUCGAGAUACAUUCUUCUUGUAUUCACUGGAUUCUUGGUAGCAGUUAUCAUCUUUAAAUUUUUGGCUGCUUUGCAACUCGGAGCUAAGCGUGAACCAGAAGAACAUGACAAAUUUGUCAUCUGUCAGAUUCCAUGCUAUACUGAAGGAGAGGAUUCACUGAGAAAGACCCUGGAUUCAUUGGCUGUCUUGCGAUAUGACGACAAGAGAAAGCUUUUGUUUAUUAUUUGCGAUGGUAUGAUUGUCGGUAGCGGUAACGAUCGUCCAACUCCGGCUAUUGUGUUGGAAAUUCUCGGCGUUGACCCUAAUCUCGAUCCCGAACCAUUGAGUUUCUUGUCUCUUGGCGAUGGUACUAAGCAGCAUAAUAUGGGCAAAGUAUAUUCUGGAUUGUACGAAUGCAACGGGCAUGUAGUUCCAUAUCUGGUGGUUGUCAAAGUUGGAAAACCUGGUGAGCGCGCUCGUCCCGGUAAUCGUGGUAAACGUGAUUCUCAGAUGGUUUUGAUGCGAUUCCUCAACAAAGUCCACUUCAACGCGGAAAUGACACCCCUCGAAUUAGAGAUUUAUCAUCAAAUCAAGAACGUUAUUGGAGUCAACCCCAGUUUCUACGAAUAUAUUUUAAUGGUGGACGCUGAUACCGAAGUCUUACCCGACUCGUUGAACCGUCUUGUCUCGGCUUUCAUGCAUGAUACACGAGUCAUGGGAUUGUGCGGUGAGACGACCUUGGCUAACGAGAAGGACACUUGGGUUACUAUGAUUCAAGUGUACGAAUAUUAUAUUUCUCAUCACUUGGCAAAGGCGUUCGAAUCUCUCUUUGGAUCAGUAACCUGUUUGCCAGGAUGUUUUUGUAUGUAUCGUGUACGCACGCCCGACACUCACAAGCCAUUGUUGAUCAGCAACGGAGUAAUAGAUGACUAUGCCGAGAAUCGUGUUGAUACUCUUCACAAGAAGAAUUUACUUCAUCUUGGUGAAGACCGUUACCUAACUACUCUGAUGAUGAAGCAUUUCCCCCAUAACAAGAUGACUUUUGUGCCUGAUGCCCAGUGUAAGACGAGCGCUCCCGAUACAUGGACCGUGUUGAUAUCUCAGCGUCGUCGAUGGAUUAACUCCACUGUGCAUAAUCUUAUGGAAUUGGUCUUUUUGCCUCAGCUCUGUGGUUUUUGCUGUUUCUCUAUGCGUUUCGUGGUCUUGCUUGACUUAUUCGGUACCAUUGUUAUGCCUGCUACGGUGGCUUAUCUUGCAUAUCUAAUAUACUGCAUUAUUGUCGAUCCGACAACUAUUCCAAUUACCUCACUUGCAUUACUGGGUGCAGCGUACGGUUUGCAGGCUAUUAUAUUCAUCUUGAGACGCAAAUGGGAACACGUUGGAUGGAUGAUUGUAUAUAUUCUGGCUAUUCCGGUGUUUGCUUUUUAUCUACCAAUAUACGCCUUUUGGCACUUUGAUGACUUUUCAUGGGGUAACACACGUAUGGUAGUUGGCGAGAGAGGUAAGAAGAAAUUAGUAGCAGACGAGGGCAAGUUUGAUCCAAAAAGCAUACCAAAAAAGAAGUGGUCAGACUAUGAACAAGAACUGUGGGAAGUCAAUUCAGAAGAGUCAGUACAGACAAGAGUGUCAGAUAAAUCAUACCGAAGUCAUACCUCAAAGAAAGCUGGUUCAGUUGCUGGUUCGAAAUUUGGAUCUGCAUAUGGAGACUUCCAUGAAGAAUAUGGUCAGCGUGCUAGGUCUCGAUCACCAGCUCCGCGUUAUACAGGGGAUGAUCGUCGCACUUCACGUGCGUUAUCAAACGUUGCAUCUCAGCAUCCAGGCGACUACACGUCACAACGGGGCUCGCAAUACUUGUCGAGUCGAGCUGGAGAGUAUGAAUAUUUUGGCGGCAACUCUAGACCCGUAAGUACGGCAGAGGGUGGUCACUAUGCUAGAGAUAUUGUUCCUGCUGAACCAAGCGAUGAUGAGAUCCUUCAAGAGAUAAGAAGUAUCCUCUCAGCAGCAAAUCUCAUGACUGUAACCAAGAAACAAGUACGCGAUGAGCUCUCUAUGCGGUUUGGAUUUGAUAUGAAUUCAAAGAAAGAGUACAUUAAUAACUGUAUAGAAUUGUUUUUACAAGGAAAAUUGUAG